GGCGGGUGGGGGAAUCUUGGAGGCGGAGCGAUUCAGUUGAUCAUGCCUUUCAUAUUUUCGCUUAUAAGAAAGAUGGGGUGCGCGGAGUUCACGGCGUGGAGGGUGGCGUUUUUCGUACCAGGUUUUGUGCAGAUGGUGUCGGCCAUUGGCGUGUUGGCGAUGGGGCAGGAUUUUCCCGACGGGAACUUUGGGGCGUUGAAGAAGUCCGGGGAGAUGCAAAAGGAUGAAUUUUGUAAGGUUUUUUACAGCGCUAUCACCAAUUACAGGGGAUGGAUAUUGGCGAUUACGUAUGGAUAUUGCUUCGGGGUGGAAUUGGCGGUAGACAACAUCAUCGCCGAGUACUACUACGACAGAUUCGAUGUGAAUCUUCACACGGCGGGGAUAAUAGCAGCAAGCUUC